AUGUUCAUCUACGGGGGAGGCUUCAUCGGCGGGAAUCCAGCCACUCAGCCUAUGUAUGACUGGGUUCAUCAAACCGGGGACGUCAUUGCGGUCAAUUUUGCCUACCGUCUCAACUUGUUCGGAUAUGUCGGUGGCCACUUCGUCCGGGAGGAUGGCGAUCUCAAUACAGGACUACUCGAUCAGCGUGCCGCGAUCGAAUGGGUGAAGAGGAACAUUCAUUUCUUCGGGGGUGAUGGGGAUCGUAUUACGAUCUCUGGAGAGUCAGCGGGAGGCGCGAGCGUCAUUUUGCAGAUGACCGCAUACGGCGGCAAUCGGGGCGCCCCUUUUCGAGGAGCAAUUGCUCAGUCCAUUGGCUAUGGGCCCGUCUUCCACCCGGACGAGAUCGAGGGGUAUUUUGCGGAACUCAUGAACAAAACCGACUGUCCGCUCGACGAGACAUCCAUGUCUUGCCUUCGUGCAGCACCACUAGAUCAUCUCCUCAAGGCGAUCAAUAACAUAACCCUGGGUGCAUGGGAAGUUAUCGUCGACGGAGACUUCUUGCCGGAGCUAGUAUCACAUCUCAUUCCACAAGGGAGGUUCAGCAAAGUCAACUACAUUGGGGGCCAUUGUACAAAUGACGGACGAACGUUCGUUGGGGUCAACACAACUGGCCCGACUGACGCUGAUCUGAUCGCGUGUCUAGAACAGCGAUAUAAGCAUCUAGAAGUCCAUUCCCGAACAACUAUGAACGAUGCGCAACAAUACACGCCGACAUUGAGUUUGGGGACUGGUACAUGGCGAAUUUCAGCUACAACCUGGGUCAGCACCACACCUGCACUUUCCGGUAAAUCGCCUGUUACCGUCGGAGUUUCGAUGCAGCUUACGGCGCUCUGUAGAUUCAACGUUCCGAACCCAGUUUCGAUUGCCAAUACGCCAUAUAUAGGUGUGGGACAUGGUUCCGACGUAUUCUAUCUCUUUGAUGGUGAUGGUCCGGUUGGAGGCGGGUUCCGUGGUUUCAAUGCGACGGGGAAGUUGGUCAGCGAGGAGAUGAUCGCUUACUGGACAUCGUUUGCGAAGACCGGCGAUCCGUCCACUCAUAGGAUGCCGUACUCGCCUGAAUGGACAAACUGGGGCUCUGGCAAACGAGUCGUCCUAACAGAAGAUCCGAAUAUUGGGGACAACAAGACCGACAGCACCGAAGAACCAUUCACACAAUGGUACAAGGAUCGCUUCAUUGAGGUUUUCGCUACCGUCGCACUCAGGAUGUUAGGAUUGGUGUUCGUCUCCGCUCUCGCGCUUCUGGUCACGGCCUCUUCUGGUGGCUUUUUGCCUUUCUUGAAAUCGCACCUGGGGCCGGUCGUAAAUGUUGGCUACGCUGCUUAUGUGGGAAACCACUCUUCUCCUGCGGGAGACGGGGAUACCUCUGUAACCUUCUUUGGAAAUAUUCGCUAUGCACAACCUCCGCUUGAAGACUUGCGCUUUCGUGCUCCAGUUCAACUGGACGAGAAGGUCAAGAACGGCGGUUGGGUAGAUGUUCAAGAUGCUCGGACCUUUGGUAUUCCUUGCAUCCAGCAACCAGCAAAUGCUAGCGUGGAAUCAGAGGAUUGUUUGACCUUGAACGUUUGGAAGCCAAGCUGGGCAAAGGCAGGAGAAAACCUCCCCGUUAUUGUAUACAUCUUCGGGGGCGGUUUCUAUUAUGGCAAUCCUGCCGGGUUCCCCUUGUACGACUGGGUACAUCAAUCGCAGAAUGUCAUCGGCGUCUCUAUGAACUACCGACUGAAUCUUCUGGGCUUCCUCGGUUCCCAUUUCGUCCAGGAGGACGGGGACAUGAACGUGGGACUACUCGACCAACGUGCGGCGAUCGAGUGGGUUCAGCGACAUAUCCAUCAGUUUGGUGGUAAUGGAAACGAGAUCACGAUAUCGGGCGAAUCGGCGGGUGGCGCGAGCGUUAUGCUGCAAAUGACGGCGUACGGUGGAACCAGGGGCGCUCCCUUUCAAGGUGCUAUCUCCCAGUCGAUCGGGUAUGGUCCAGUACUGUUCCCGUACGAAUACGAGGCAUACUUUGUGAACGUGAUUGCCAUCGCAGGCUGCCCCCUGGAUUCUACUUCCAUGAGCUGCCUGCGCACCACACCCCUCGAUGUGCUAAUCAAGGCCAUCAACGCAAAUCCAAAUGGUGCCUGGGCGCCCAUCGUCGACGGCAUUUUCCUCCCCGAUCUAGCAUCUAAGCUAAUUCCCGAACACCGGUUCAGCAAAGUGAAUUUCAUCGGCGGGCAUUGUUCGAAUGAUGGGCGCACUUUUGCGGGAAGUAACCAGAGCGUGAUCACUGCUGCGGACGUGGUGACUGAUAUAGAGAAACGGUAUCAUCAUUUGUCUAACGAGACGGUCGCGGCGAUGUUAGAAUUCUACCCGGAUCCGUUGAUUCCCGGGAGCCCGUAUGCGACUCAAUAUGACCGUGCAGCAACAAUCCAACAGGACAUCAUGUUCGGCUGCAUGGAUUGGUACAUGGCGAACCACACUUAUGCCCGGGGUGAAGAGAACUCCUAUUUGUUCAGGUUCAACACCCCGGAUACGGUGCUGCUCAAGGCGAACCCGUACCUAGGAGUGAUGCAUACCUCAGACAUCUAUUAUCUCUUUGACGGGACGAACUCUGCUCCUAAUGCUGGGUUCACCUUUGCGGGGUUCAACGCUACAGAGAAACUGGUGAGCGAGGAGAUCAUCGGGUAUUGGACGAGUUUUGCUCGUGGGGGAAAUCCGGCCAGGUAUAGGCAGGAGUAUUCGCCCAAAUGGACGAACUUCGGGACGCACGAGCGGGUGGUUAUGACUGAGGACUGGAUGGGGUUGAGCGGCGGGACGGCGAGUGUGAUGGAAGAUGUUACGCAGGACUAUGUGGAUAGGUGCAUGUUCUGGAUGUUGAGGGGGAACGAGACGCGUGUGUGA